UCAAGCCAAGGCUAUAGUUGCUGCCCAAAUGCAAAGGCAGAUGGCUCGAACUCAGCUUCUGGCGCGUAUGGCCGAGCUUCAAGGGAUGGCGGGUGGCGCCUUCUUAACAUCGGUGCCACCACCAAACUACCCAUUAUAUCACGAUGGUAAGCAAUAACACAUCUUUACUUAUUACUUACUACUAUUUUACUAUGCUUAGAACAGUUCACUGUAAGUGUAAUAUACCCAUUCACAUGGAAAGCACCGGGCCGAGCACAUAUCAACAAGUGCAGCUCGUGUCAGGUACACCGCGCUCCGCGGAGAGCCCUCCUUUCACUACGCGUGUAUAAACAUGUGGCCGUUUUGUUCAUUUUUGAUGCAAUACAAUCACUGAAACUUCUUCGAAGUCUUAGUACUGACCGCUCUUUUGUAAGAGAGUGAUUCCAUUCAGACUGGAGACAUUCAUACAACGACAACAAUGUUAUCAUUAUACCAAUAUAUGUUAUCUGAAAUGAAAAUCUCUUAACAUAGUUCGGUUGACGAUGCCUUGAAUAUUUACUUAUCUACUAGGAAAUAUAUUUUAUUACUAAAUCAUCCAGUGGUUAUACACAUUAUUUCUAUUAAUAUUAAGUAUUUUGUUGUUCUCAGGAAGAAAUUAUUAUCAUCACCUACGGCCGAUCCUCGGCUACAAUCCAUUUCUAAAUGGGCCGCCCUUCUUUUAUGGCUUGAACCAGUACAAUGCACCUCCAAGCUAUCAUAUAACAGCACCUUACGAAGUGGCCCCGGACCACAGACGAGUCUAUCAGUUGACAAAUGACUAUACCAGUGGGUAUAACGAAGAAUAUCAGCUCCCGCCUCGCAAUUGUAAUCCUCGAUCUAGUCACAACAAUUCUCACAACCAAGUUUUACCGCCGAUUUAUGCGGACGCGGGUUACGGGGGAAUCCCUAACAAUUCCAUGAUCUCACAUGUAUAUGGGACUGAUUUCCAAGAAGUUAACGAAACUGACUUUAGUCGGCGCGGUCUGCUCCACCUGCCCUCACAAAACUCACGCGGCGUCAACAACCAGCCACCCACGCUAGGGUAUAUUGCGGAUGAAAUCCAGCCGUCACCCUAUGUGGAAAAUCAUAGUACCCUUCCACAGCAGGAAUUAACGGAAAGAGUAUGGAGCGACGCUGGAAACCAUGCCCGUCUACCGGAGAUACCACCCGUAGGAAAUACGAUGCCAUACAACGUGCCGCUUCUUGAUUUUACAAGUUCUGUUCCACCCCCAAUAAACAUGCCACCUCAGUCGUCUCACGUCUGGGUACCACAAGCACCACCCCCAGUGGCAACAAUGCCACCUACAACUCAGCAAUUACCAGCCUGUCGUCCGCAGGCAGCUGAUGUGGAUUCGCCAUUUCUGAAUCUUCGUAACGACAACGUGGUGUUGUCAAACGCAAAUGCCACCAACGGACAAAUUACAGAUUCGGUGCAACUUCCCCCGGGAAAUGUAUACAUGGAUGAUACGAGAACUCGGCCUAUUCGUGUAAAAGCUCCGAUUAACUUCGCGCCGCCUCCUCCCGCAUCGGCUCCAGAAACAAGAAAUAGCGACCGACCUCCAUACUACAGCGAAGUUAUUAAGGGCAUUCCUACAAGAUGCAGGGUCACUAAUAACCCAGGCUCGUCAGGAACUAGACCUAGAUUUUAUUCACCUUUCCCUCCCACAGCCCAUGUGACAAGUCGCUCGGGGACGCUAAAUAACGGCAACAAUACGACACCAGGACUUCCGCCGCGCGCCAACAACCCCGUGACACCGGUGACCAGGGAUGCGAUCCCAGAAGCGUCAGCUGAUUGUCGCAAUGAUCCUUGGCCGAACCGAUACAGGGACCCUCGAGGGAUCCCCAUUCCACCGGCGAAAAAGGGGCCCGCCGAUGAUCCGCUGGACGUUCCGUCGAAUGGUCUCCAUGGCGCCAUCGGAGAUUACAAACCGAACAACUGUGACUACCAUUUUCCGAAGUAAGCCGUUUCUUUACAUUUUGGUGA